AUGAUUGCAGGUCAAGUCGAGGCUGGUAAGACCGAGGUGGUCAAAGUAGAAGUAGAAUUUGUAGUGGAGGGCGCAGUGGUAGAAGAAAUGGCUGUAGAAUCUUGGGGCGAAGUGAUCGCUGGUGGAGAAGAUGGAGAGGACUAUGUGGUAGGAGUUGAGGUUGAAAUACUACUUCUGUCUGAAGAAUUGAGAGCCCGGGAAUUGAAUCUGGGCUAG